CCCCACAUCUCUCUCCAGCCUACAAUGACUCAGAACUCCAGAUCGAUGAAGAUUCGAAAUGACGAAAUAUGCCAACCAUGAACAUUGCCCUAUUUUCAUCGCACACCGCGCGCUCCACACGUACACGAGCGGCGAGCUAGUCCGUGGGGUGGUCCGCGUGGAUCCCAAAACGCGCCCACACCGCAUCGUUCUAACAUUCACGGGCCGACUACAUGUCGUUAUCGUUCGCAGCAACGGCCAAAGCUCACAAACUUUCAAAGCAAAGCCCGAGCUCUUCUCACGCGAGCUCAUUCUCUUCUCGUCGCCGACGCCUGGCGCGAGCUACGAUAUCGUGCGCGUGCACGGCGUUACAGGGGACGACAGGGUUGAACUCCCCUUCGAAUUUGAGUUCCCCGAGUGUGUAGAGGGCGAUGGAGGCGGAUUGUAUAGGCCGGAAGACGGAUUUGAAAGCCAGCCGGGCCAUGUGCUGCCACCGAGCUUUGGGAUGUUUGAUGGUCUCUACCACGGAGGUGAGAGCUCCCAGCGGGUUGAUUACUUUCUAGAGGCGAAGCUGUAUACGUCGUCGACUGGGUCACCGAGUGCCCAGGUACGGUCUUGGUUGUCGUAUCGACCGCCGGCGCCUGCCCUGCCUGCGAUUCCUACCGCGCUGCCGCAACCGACUUACUACGGCCUCCGCGGUACGUAUGCGCGGACGUACAGGCUACACCCACACUACGAUCCGAAUGAGAAGCUGCUAGCAAAGAUUAAACACAGCUGGACGAAGCACAACGCCUCGACCCCGUUCGCGAGAUUCCGGGUGUCGGCGACCUGUCCCGCCGUCCUAACCACUGGCUGCCCGAUCCCCAUAUCCCUCAGCCUCUUGCAUAUGGAUCGUUCGAAAGACAUUCCCGAUCCCCCGCCUAUCUAUCUGCGCCGCGUGCGCGUCAGACUCACCUCCACCCUCGACGUCCGCAUCGCACGCUAUUCAGUCUUUAGCACGCGUCAGGCGCUUCGGGAUUCGCACCGCAAUAAGGGCACUCUGCUCGAUCAAGAGUACAAAACCGGGAACGAGAUGCUGCUGUAUGACGGGCUGGAGCUGGCUACGGUCAGGUUUCCCGAAGAGAUAGCGCCGGGGUUUUCGAGUUAUGCGAUGCAUUUGGAGCAUCAGUUGGAGGUGAGGAUUUGGGGCGAGUGCGCUAAGGAGAAGUUUGAGGUCGUGGGAGCGUUUGGGAGGGUGGUCGUUGUGGCGGAUGUGGAGAGGCCUCGGAGAGAGAUGCUGGUAGCAGAGGAGAGGCCCCCGGAGUUUGAUGAGGAUGGUGCGCCUCCUCCUUACCAGGGACCGGGUUGAGAGGUUUAGUAUUUCUUUGAUUUGGUUUGAUACCCCUUUCCUACUUAUUCUUAAUGUAUAAUUUAUAGUCCACAUUCUUUAUUCACUCCAACUUUCCUGUGAGAGAAAUGACAGUAAGAGAGGUAAAGAUAGUAUCGCCAUAGCUGGAGAAUAUUUUGACGGCUUUGGUAAAGC